UUCACAAUCAGGUUUCCAAAACAGUGAGCAUAUAUGUAUUAUCUAUGACAGUGAGUGAACUAAAAUUCCAAAGGGAAUUUGUAUCGUAUAAAUAGUGGUAUUUACUGUUUGAAGUACUUUUUAUUUAAUAUCCAUAAUGCCGCAGAUAAUUUGAAAUUUAAAUGCUUGUCUUUAUUAUUAAAGAUAUAUAAACUGUUUUAUAUAGAAUAAGAAUAGACAUAUGAUAGUGAUGAGGCGAUACUUUUUUAGAAUCUUGAGGCUUCGUAACCUUUUAGCCAUCACAUCAUUAGUUAUAUUAUUGUACUUAGUCAAAAACAUCACUGAAAUUAAAUCAAUAGCAGAUGUUGCCAAACCAGUGCAAGAAUCUUUACAAAACAUUUUACAGAAGGAAAAUGAUGAAGAAUACUUUGUGCCAACCAGCUUAAAGAAAAUUGAUUGGCAUAAUUAUCAACAAAUUGAUUAUGAAAGAAAACGAGUUGGUAUCGGAGAACAUGGUCUACCAGCUCAUCUCCCACAGAAAGAUUCUGCAAUAGAGAAGGAACUUUAUUCUGUAAAUGGAUUCAAUGGUGCCCUUAGUGACAAGAUACCUCUUAAUCGCUCUCUACCAGAUAUACGUCAUCAAGGUUGCCACAAGAGAAUGUAUAUAGAAUCGUUACCUACAAUUAGUGUUGUUGUGCCUUUUCAUAAUGAACACUGGAGUACAUUGCUCAGAACUGCAUACAGUGUACUCAACAGAUCACCAACAUUUUUAAUAAAGGAAGUAUUUCUAGUUGAUGAUGCCAGUACUAAAGACUUUCUCGGAAAAAAGUUAGACGAUUAUGUAUCGAAACACUUGCCUAAAGUUAAAGUUAUCCGUUUGGAAAACCGUAGUGGAUUAAUCGCUGCAAGAUUAGCCGGAGCUAAGCAGGCGAGUGCCGAUGUUCUGGUGUUUUUGGACUCUCACACUGAAGCUAAUGUCAACUGGCUACCACCCUUGCUAGAGCCGAUCGCGAUGAACUACCGCACAGUGGUGUGUCCGUUCAUCGACGUGGUGGCGUUCGACACGUUCGAGUACCGCGCGCAGGACGAGGGCGCCCGCGGGGCCUUCGACUGGGAGCUGUUCUACAAGCGCCUGCCCGUGCUGCCGCAGGACCUGCAGCACAUGCCGGAGCCCUUCGAGAGCCCGGUGAUGGCGGGCGGGCUGUUCGCGAUCUCGCGCGUGUUCUUCUGGGAGCUCGGCGGGUACGACGCCGGCCUCGACAUCUGGGGCGGGGAGCAGUACGAGCUCAGCUUCAAGAUCUGGCAGUGCGGGGGUCGCAUGCUGGACGCGCCGUGUUCCCGGGUGGGACACAUCUACCGCAAGUUCGCGCCCUUCCCGAACCCCGGACACGGAGAUUUCGUGGGACGGAAUUACAGACGCGUGGCCGAGGUGUGGAUGGACGAAUACGCGCAGUACCUGUACCGCCGCCGCCCGCACUACUUGCGCAUCGAGCCCGGAGACCUCACCCGGCAGAAGGCACUACGGCAGAAGCUGCACUGCAAAUCAUUCCGCUGGUUCAUGACGCAGGUUGCUUUUGAUCUGACUGCGAAAUAUCCGCCGAUCGAGCCGAAUCCCUUUGCAGAGGGACAGAUCCGGCCGGCGCAGCAGGCGGCGCUCUGCGUGGACGCGCACCGCGGCGCGCAGCUGGACGCGCUGCAGCUCAAGGCCUGCACGCGCGCCGCCGCCGCCGAGCAGGACUUCGUGCUCUCCUGGCACAAGGACGUGCGGUCCAAGAGUAGAAACAUGUGCUGGGAUGUGCCGGAUUCUUCUCCCAAGAGUCCAAUACUUCUUUACAGCUGCCAUCUUGGUGGAGGAAAUCAAUUAUGGAGAUAUCACCCGGAUACGAAACGCUUAAAACACGGCACCAACGACAACUGCCUCGACUGGGACCCGCCCACGCGCGCUCUGUACAUUAAACCCUGCGAUGACUCCUCCCGCACUCAAGAGUGGAUCAUAGACAACGUGGACAACGAGAUGCUGGACAAGUGGGACAGCAUCGCGAAACGAGUCACUGGACCGGUUGAGACGUACAAUGAGUAAAUAAUUUUUUGCCUUUUUUAAUCACUUAGGUGAAAACAAUCAGUUAAUUUAUAAAUCAUAUCGAAACAUAACGCUUACUGAAUACAAGCAGAAACAUUAAUUGUAAACGUUUAUACUAGAUUAUCAGUAUGAUUUAUAAGUUCCUCCAAGUUUUGUCUACUGCCAGUAGCAUGCACUAACUAGAAUUUAUUUUAGAUAGAUAAAGAUUCUUCUAUACUAUAUUCCGGUGGAAGGACGAGUGAAAAUAAACAAACGUAUUCCAUACGAUUUGAUAUACUACCAACAGUUCUUGAUUUAUAUUCAUAGUAUAACUGUUUUCCACACAACUAUGAUAUUGAUUUUAUUAUUAGAAUCAAUAAUGAAUGUCAUUGAAUUUUGAGUAGUUAUAUAAAGUUCAAGGUCAAAGUUUUUUAUGUUUACUCCUCCAGCCAUUGGAAUCGACUGUACAUUCGACUGUUAAAACGUUUAACGAAUAUAAUAUUUUUUAUAUGUAAAAGGCCGCGUUUGGAAUGUAUAUUUUGAAUUUAUAUUUUAAAAGACUAUUUGUAUCGUUAUUUCGACAUGCCCAUUCCGUUCAUCGUUCAAUAUUAUAAUUACAUACAUUAUAAAAACACAUAUAUGUAUUUAAUAAAACUACAUACAUUUUGUUUAUUAUUCGAAUGUACUUAAAAGCUAAAAAGAGAUUAAUGACCUUAUUCUAUUUUAAUCAAAUUAUAUAGAUAUAGAUAGAUGUAGAUAUUAAGAAGAUUUUGUCAAUAUACGUAGAUUUUUUUAUGCCUUGUUAGUAUCUAAUGACAUUAGGAAGCAUAUAAAAUUUAUAUUGAUUGAUUAUUUGAUAAAAAAACCGAUCUCGAAACGGCUAUAAUUUAAUAUAAAUUAAUUAAAAUGUGGAAUUCUAAAGUCAAUUUGUUAGUUACUAGUGUUUUGCUAAUAUGACGGCGUGAUAUUUAUUUAUUAAUAUAGAAUAAAAAUAAAAACAAUGUGUUUUAUAUUGGCUUUUUUUAUAGACAAUAUAUAGUGGUUAGGUGAAUAAUUUAAAAAUUAAUCCCGAAUAUUUUAAAACACCUUGUAUAUCCAAAACUUUGAUUAUUAACCUUUUAUUGGUAAUCAUUUUUAGCACAGUAAUUAUUAUGUAUAACUGAAUUCCUGUUGUUGCAACAAUAUUUUUAUACUAGUUUUUUAAUUAGUCAAGGGUGUCCAAAGUCCUUGAGGCAGUUUUGCGUUGUCUUUGUUAAUAGAGGAUCAUUGUUAAGUUGUGGUAGUUGGGAUAAUAUAUUUAGUAAAUUUUGAAAUAAAAGAAAACUGUAAACUAUUGGUUUAAAGAUAAAUUGUUAGUAUGACGUGGCCCGUGUGAAUCUGCGUCUUUUAAUUUCGUUUGACAUCCCUAAUUUAUUUAUAAUAUAGAAAAUAUGAAAUGAAAAUUACAUAAUAUAAUUUAUUUACAAAAUGUUUAUAUAUUUUAUUGUAUGAAUACCAAAUUAUUAUCUUUUAAUACAACACUAAACUAUUUGGAUUUAUGAACACUACUACUGUAGAUAUUUUUUUAUAGAUUAGUAUUUUAAAUAAUAAAUAAAAAAGUAUAAAUUAAUGAGUAAUAAGUUUUACUUUAGAUGUACUCGUAACUGUAGGACGUAAAUAUAGAGAUGUGUAUUUUUAUAUAUUUGGUUUUAUUAGACAAUUUAGUGUGUUUUAGUCUCGAGAUUGAAUAUGCAUAAAAAGUGCUUGACACUAGUUAAAAGAAAUUUUUAUAUUUUAUAAGCCUUAAAGAUAUUAGUAUAUUUUAAUAUUUUACUGAUAUGAAAUAUUUAAAAAGACAAUUUUAUAUGAAUACAUUAUGCCU